UUAUAAAGAUAAAUUAAAGUCUAUUAAAGUGAUUAAAGUCUAUUAAUCUGAAGAUCACUGAACAUGGGCAUGUUGGCAUAGUUUCAACACCAUAAUGACAUUGUAUGAUUAUAACUAUAUAUGUAUGUGUGUAUAUAUGUAUGUAUGUAUGUAUGGGUAAGAUGCAGCAAUCACUAAAACAUUCAAUGCAUGUUGUUAAUAAUGUGACUUCUGUAAAAGACAGUACCUUUCUUAUUUUAUGAGUGGUCAUUAUAUUGGACAAAAGCUCAGGGAAAAUGACUUUGACCCGAAGGGGAAAGGCUCUUCCUCGAUGCUGGAUGAUCUGGCUCAUUUUGAUUUAGCCAUAAGUGUGGCUUUAUGGUGGAUGAAUGAGAAAAAGGGGCAAGAUGCGAAUGAACUUAUAGGAGCCAUCAGUCCCGGCCACAGUCACUGUCCUAAUCGACUGGAAAGAGAGGCAGUAAUCCUCUCAUCCUUUGCAGGGAUGCUUUUGAAUAGCUUACCUGUAAAUGAGAUCCUGUCGCUGUAUAGCUGCAAGCCAUCUGCUUCCUGCCCUCAUCCAGACACUAAAGCCAACAUCGUUCAUCCUUUCUCCUUGUCCUAUCACCCAUUUGCCAUGCUCAGUUCGCAUAAGGCAGUAGACCGUUCAAGAAAACAUACUCAGAUGCUGAAAAGGUGGAAUACUCAGCGUAAUAAAAGAGCAUCAGCAGUGUUGGAGAAGCUGAAGGUUUCCUCCCCAACCCCCUCUUCUCUAUCUUCUUUCAGUGACACUGAGGAUUCUUUGAAAGAGCAAACAAAGCACUAUGGAAGCUCUGAGGAAUCGCAGCAGGACUGAAGACUACUCAUCCAUCAACUAGUCUUUAAAACAUUCUAUUAUUACUGUAUAUCUUUUAGAUUUUAUUUUUACUUAAAAAAAAAAAAAACAAUUCAGUUGCAGUUUGACCUUUUAGAAGUCCUGGGUCAUGUUUAGUAAUUUACAUAAAAGCCAAUGCCUAAUACACUAGUACAUGAAGUGAUAUCCUGUUAAUAUAAAAUAUUUGCAUAAAGGGAAAUUUCUCAUUAUGAGAUUAUUCUAAAAUCAUAUAUAAAAAUAUUAAGUAAGACAUGUUAUUAAUUUCAAGCUUAAAAUUGGUUUGUUCUACUGGCAGAUAAUUUUGCUUCUUUCUAGAAUUAAAUGCUUCAAAUAAACAACAUUAUCUGUAUGAAUUUCAGCACAUA